AUGUCUUCCGGCAACAACGCUACUCCCUACACCAUUCCCUACACCGGCGCUCCUGGUAAGCAGGUCGCUGAGGGAAUCGUUCCUGCCUACUCCCAGCAGCCUGACCCUGUUGCUCAGCCCGCUUCUCCUCAGGACAUGAUUGCCCAGCCAGCCUACCGUCGCCCUUCUGCGGUUGAGGCUCCUGCCAGUCCUGACAUGGCUCACUCCAUGGGCGAGUCUGUUGCCCAGGGUGGCGGCGUUGGCGCCGUCCACACCAACGACCCCAACUCUGGUGUCCGUCGCAGUUCCGUCAUUGCUACUGCUCCCGUCGGUCCCUCUGACAACAUUCCUGGCCGCUUCGCUUCUGCUGCCGCUGGCUCUGAUGGCAUCGCCAUCAUCCACCCUCAGCAUACCGGCGCCAAGAACAUCCACACCUCUCAGCAGACUGAGAAGGAGGGUGCUCAGACCCCCGAGCAGUACCAGCGCCCUUCUGCCUUCGGCAUGGAUGGCUCGUUCGAUGAUCCCGACAUCUUGAACAGUCCUACCCCUAGCCGUCGCAGCCGCUCUGCUAGCCCCAUGCUCGCUCGAGAGCUGCAGGCUGCCCAUCUGGAGGCCCAGAAUGCUCGCCGUGAGACCCAGCGCAUGGCCCAUGCCUACAACGUUGUCCAGCAGGCCAACCUGAACUUCCAGCAGGCCAAUGUCGCCUUGCAGCAGCACUGUCUGUUCUAUCAGAGCAACGCAGAAUUCCACUACCAGAACUACUGUGUGGCUCAGAGCCAGACCCAGAACCUGCUCAACACGUCUCGCCAUUUGCAGGAUGUUGUCUAUCUCCUCGAUAACAGCGUGUACCGCAGCGAUCCUGUUUUCCACGAUUCCCUCCCCAAGUGUGUGCUGAGCCAAGUGGACGAGGUCCGUGGUGACUGGGUCGCUGAUGAAUUCGCUGCGGCCUAUGCUUAA